AUGCGGAAGGACGUUCAGAAAUGGCACGAAGCGCUGUCCCUGGAGGCCAAACUACUGGACUUCAACAUAGUCCUUGGCGGCACUGCCAGACGGAGGCAAUGGCAGCAGCCACUGCAGCUCUUGAUGUCUUCUCGUCUUUCUCGUCUUCGGCCGGACAUCGUGAGCUGCAACAGCCUUCUUGGGACCCUGGCGAAGACACGCUGGGAGCAAGCGGUGGACUUCUUCUUCCUCUUGUCCGCAAAAAACUGGCGCCCAAACACCAUUUCUCGCAGUUCUUUAGCAGCUUGCGAGAAGGUGGGCAAGUGGACUGCUGCACUGUGGCUUCUGUCCAAGCCCACCGACAUCGUGGCGUGCACGACUGGCAUCAGUGCGUGUGGUCAAGGCCAUUGGCAGCUUCCCGGGGCACUGCUUUGCAUGGCCCCAAUUUGGGAGUUGCUUCCAAAUGUGGUAGCCUUCACAACGGCUUUGAGUGUCAGUGGCUGGACUUGGGUUUGCAGCAUGGUCCUUAUUCAGGAGAUGUCUUUGCAACUUGACCUUGCUGCUUUCACAGCUGUAGUCGAUACAUGCGGAACUCAGUGGAAGUCAUCUUUGGACAUCUUGCGGUGGGGCCGGAGGCGGGGGUUGAAUUGUGAUGGAGCGAAGAGUGCUGCUUUGGCAUCUUGUGCAGAAGCCAAUUCUUGGGAACAUUGCAUCGGAGUCCUGUUAGAGUCACGGCCGGCAACAUCUGAGAAGGGUCGAGGCAACUGGUUGAAGACCAGGCUCUCAGGCUUCAGCUCUUCAAUUGCUGCUUGCGAUUCGGCACAUCGCUGGGACUGGGCUUUUGAAUUGCUGCAGAUUGCGAAACACGGACUACGUAUCGACAUCAGCCUCUUCAAUGCCGCUUUGAGUGCCUGUGAAAGCGCUUCUGCAUGGCAGAUGGUGUUUGAGGUUUGGUCCUCUCUGAAGGUCACCAAAUUGAAUCCUGAUUUGAUUUCUUGGAACACGUUGCUGGGAUCUUGCCGGGAGAGUUGGCCAGAUGCUUUGGAGGCACACAGUGCCAUGCAAAGACAGCGAAUGCGUCCAGAUGUAGUGUCACACACAGCGUUGCUAGCAGCUUGUGAGCGAGGUCUCCGAUGGUCUUUCACGCUUUGGCAGCUCGAGCAGGAUGGUUUAAGCCUGAACGUGCAGGCUUUCACGGCUGCUGCUACCGCCUGUCAGAGCGCUGGUCACUUAGGGUUUGCCCUGGCAAUCAUCGACAAGAUUCAGGAUCAGGCAUUGACGCCCGAUGCUGCAGUUUUUAGCACUGCCUUGUUGGCUUGUGAGCGUCUCGGCAGCUUCGAGAAGGCCGAAGCAAUCCUUGAAGAAUCAGCCAGACAGCGUCAGGAAAUGAACUCGAUUAUGUGCGGCGCUGCUUUGGGUGCUAGCUGCAAGGAGGGCUUCUCUUUGGCUCCGGAGCUCUUGGAGCAACUCCAAAGCGUCGGAUUCGAAGGUGGAGUGCAGUGGCUCCUGGCAGCGGUAGGCAAGGAGAAGGAAGAGAAGGCAUGGCUGGCGAAGAGAUUUGAGGAAAAGUGCGCAGAGGUGCAGGCCCUGCAGAAGGAGCUUCAGAAGGUAAGAGCAAUUCUGGACCACCGAGGAUCUUCGCCUAGCCAAACCAUUUCUCCCCAGGAGCUUUCUCCAACGUGUUCACCUUCGAAAGGUGGAGCCGGAGUUGCACAAAGGCGUGGGCUGCAACUCACGGUGCAAACUGCCAAAAAUCCGCCCAAGGUGGCUUUCCAGACCGACAAGGAAGCUGCGCCAAUCACUCGGGCGAAGUCCAGCCCGAACAUGGGAGAUGGAAUCGAGCCCAUGUCAGCCUUGCUACGCCGCCGGAAGGAGGAUUGGACGCCGCUGAGUCAGCAAGCCGAGGAUGGAAACAAAGGACUCUCUGUAAGCACAGACAAGGUUUUUUCUUUGCUCGGUGACUGUCCUGCCUCACCAAAGAGAGUGAGAGUGGGAUCCAAAGAAUCUGAGCCUCCUUGA